CCGCCUCCGGUACAGUAGGUGGCGGCAUGCACCUACAACGCUGAUUAGGUUUGUAGCUGCUAUUAAACGGUUAAGAAGACUGGCUAACAUUAGAACAAGAACAGCCCGUCCACUAGCUACUACCGGCUCUACUACUGCCUGUUCUGUCACGUGUGGGGUCGUGGACGCAAUUAGCUAGCUAACGUUUGGGCUACAAGCACAACAAACAGGCACUCUGUGGAUAUUUAUCAGCCCAAUAUUUCCUUCGCAGUGACUUUCAGGACUGUGCCAGAUUUUGGAUGGAGUCGGCGCCAACGUUUUUAUUGACUUGUGUAGCCGCGGCCAGGGACCUCAGGGUUCGGGAUUCAGGCCAUCCUGUACAGCUGCGAGAGAAGAAUGGUCAAGUAUUUCUGUAAUAACACGGACAUCAGGAGUACGUGGGACCAUGUUGUCUCUGCUUUUUGGCAGAGGUACCCAAACCCAUUCAGCACCCAUGUUCUCACAGAGGACGUUGUGUACCGCGAAGUGACGGCGGACCACCGGCUCCUCUCCAGACGCCUCCUGACGAAGACCAAUCGGCUGCCUCGCUGGGCGGAGCGGCUCUUCCCUACUGGCAUGUCUCGCUUGGUGUACAUCAUCGAGGACUCCAUUGUGGACCCUGUCAACAGGAGCCUGACCACCUACACCUGGAACCUCAACCACACAACCCUCAUGUCGGUUGAAGAGCGUUGUAUUUUCCAAGACUCUGUGGAGCAGCCAGCCGCCACCAAGCUGAAACGAGAAGCGUGGAUAUCAUCAAAUGUUUAUGGCUUCUCCAGACCUAUUCAGGAGUUUGGAUUGGCCCGAUUCAAAAGUAACCAGGUGAAGGCCAUGAAAGGGCUGGAUUACGCACUGUCCAACUUACAGGGAGAGACGCCCCAGCGGCUGCUCAGGGACACAGUGAAGGAUGCGUCAGAGAAGGCCAAGGAGGCUGCCAAGAGCCUGGCGUCAGCUGCUACUGUCCCAAAGAAACCGCAGCAGUACGUCUGACAGGACGGUGUGUGUGUGUGUGUGUGUGUGUGUGUGGAGCACCGUACAGGUGACACCAACUCAACACAAUGCCUUUUGGUCAUCUCUAUCAUCUUGACUGGAAUGAAGUUUUCUGGGACCUCUCAGAUUGCUGUUUAUUCUUUGUUUUUCUUCCUUUGGAAUGAAGCAGCCUCUCUUCUCUACAAUUGGACUCGCUUUCUGUCUUGGUUAAAUCUCAGGUCCUGAGCUUUUUGUCUGAAACACAUUGCCUUUGUGGAAGCGUUUAGAUUGUGACCAGCAGUACCUUUUGAUGCUGUAAUUACUAAAGAGAUAAAUGCCAGAAAUGUAGUUUAUUGAUUUUAAUUUAGUGAGCUUCUUUUCAUACAGAAUUAUAAAACUCUUCUUGAACAGUUUGGCACUUUGGAAUUCAAGUGAUAUUAUCACUACUAUUAUCAUAAUUGGUCCAGACUAAAGUUCACAUUAGACCAAAUCAUAAUAGCAAGCAAGAACAAUGAUUAUGAUUUGAUGGUUGCACGCAUAUCAAUGGUGAACCUUAUUGUAUUAUGGUCAAUUUCCUCAUGCUUUCUUCCUUAUUUGACAUUUUCUGGGGUUGAGACUAUACUUCCCACUUUCAAACACAUAAGUACAUAUUAGGCAUAUUCACAGAAGGAUUAAAAUGACUUUGUAGUGUGAAUGCUGCUUUAACUGGAUGACUGUGUAACCGAGGUGCGUCCUUGAGACGGAAUCAUUUCAACCUGCCUGUUGAUAUGAAGCUUAUGUAGCCAUGAGGAUAAUAAUUAUUGUAUAGAUUUAAGUGAUUGCAUUCCCUUUUUACAAUUGAGUUUUUGUGAAUUUUUGUUGCUCUAAGACUUGAAUUAUAUUUCAAAAAUAAUAUUAUAUUUCAUGUAAUGUCUUUUGAAGGAUUAUUUAGCAUAAAGAAUUUGUGAUAUAGGGUAUAUGUAGGUGUUUUUUAGCCAGAAAGUAAGAUAUGUAAAAACAGCAUUGAUUGGGCUUUUAAUUGAAUUUUUUUUUUGUUGUCACAUUUAAAAACAUUUUUGACCAUCCUUGCAAGUUAAAGUCGAGUGUUUGUUGUCUUGUGUUUUCUCAUUGUCAAACUAAGCUUUAAUAAAAUGUGAGAAGUUAUUUAAUUAA